AUGCCUCCAAGGAAGAAAGCCAGAAGCAACAACAUGACCUCUCAAGACGGGCCAAACCAUGGUGACUUGGAAUCAAGGCAACAUGCCUCCUCAAGAGAAGACGAACGUCAUAGUGAGGGAGCUUUCACCCUCACAAACAUUGUUGCAGCCAUCCAUUCUAUGGGAGAGACUCAGAAGGAAAUGGCAGAAACAAUCAAAGAGCUGAAAAGUUCAAUUGCUAAGCCGAGAGAAGAAAACGAGAGGCUUCCACAAGAGGAGCCUGUCGCUGCCAGAAAAAGUUCUGAACAAAAAGAGCCAUCAUUUGUCACUCACGAAGAUGUCAUUGCCAUCCUAGAAAAGAAACUAAGCCGAAGUCAGGAAGAUUGGAAGUAUCUUCCUCAGCCACCAUACCCAUCGAGCUUACUCCAGCAACCCUAUCCUAAGGGCUAUGAGGCACCAAACUUUGUUCUCUUCAACGGAAGGAAUGAGAGCCCGAAGGAGCAUGUCAACCGCUUCAUCGAUGCUUUGGGACCACAUGUUGGAGAUUAUAAUCUUCGACUUAGAGAAUUUUCGAAGAGUCUUACCGAUCGUGCUUACACAUGGUAUAUGACGUUGGCACCAGGUUCUAUUAGCUCUUAG